CGAUGAAGCGAAAGUAAAAAUAAUAUCUGGUUUGGAAACCUGAAGAAUCUUUUCUCUGGAUGAAAAUGUUUGUAUUUGUUUAAAAGGAUGGAAAUCUUACUUUUCUGUGUUGUCAUCAUAUUUUUCACUUCAUUAGUAGGACCUUUAGAAGUGGAGAUAUUUCCUGCACCACUGGAAGUUUUAGCAAAUGAAGAUGCUCUUUUAAAAUGCAAAUAUAAAGAACCAGAAUCUGACCUCUCACAUGUAGCUGUUCGAUGGACUUUUACAUCGCAAACAGCCAAGAAAGAUGUGUAUAUAUUCAAUGGAGGAAAGCAUCAACCAAUCAGAAAUGGAGCAAAGAUGUUUGACAAUGCUUUACAGAAAGGGAAUGCUUCACUUUACCUUCCAAAUGUGCAACGUUAUGAAGAAGGAACAUACACGUGCGUUGUUUUUGUUACUCCCCAUAAAGAAGAAAAGAGUUCAGUGAUGCAAGUGUCAGUCCAACCGAAGGUCAGCAUGUCUGUGCAAGAAAUUAGUACUGCAAAUGGUACAGAACACGUUUUGCAAUGUGAUGUUAAGGAAUUUUAUCCUAAGCCAAUCAAAGUUAGUUGGUUCAAAUUAUCAGAUGGAAAAAUGGAAUAUGUUUCAACAAGCCAGUCCACUGAGGAUAUAGUUACGAACAGUGAUGGAACAUUCAGUGUUUCCACUAAAAUAAAAACUGAACCAACGUGGGAUGAACAAACUGACUACAGAUGUGUAGUGGAACAUAAAACCAUUUCUGACAAUUUUACAUUGGACGCUGACAGUGUUGCAGAUAAAAUACCAGCAGUGUACCAAAUUAUUGGAGGCAUCGUUGGCUUUAUUUUGUGUGUAGGACUUUGUGUGGGACUUCGAAUCUGGUACAAAAAAUCGAAAGAAACACAGGAAAUCCGCACAGGCAAAGACAGCCAUAAGGACAGGACAAUGCAGGUCAUUGAUCGCAUCACCCAAGGUCAGUUGCAAGAUGAACAUAACCAGGAAGCUGAAGGUGGAAAUAAUCAAGGACCACCAUCACCUGAAGAAAGUGAAAAUUGUCCUCUAAUACCAGUACAGCAGAGGGUUGCUGACAUUGAACAAAUUAGUAAAGGACAAUCAACACCUGAGAAAAAUGAAGUCAAUACCAGUCAAGGAGUUACACCCUUUAAAAGUAAAACACAGGAAAUGCGCACAGGCAAAGACAGCCAUGAGGACAGGACAAUGCAGGUCACUGAUCGCAGCACACAAGAUCAGUUGCAAGAUGAAAAUAACCAGGGAGCUGAAGGUGGAAUUAAUCAAGAAGGACCACCAUCACCUGAAGAAAGUGAAAAUUGUCCUCUAAUACCAGUACAGCAGAGGGUUGCUGACAUUGAACAAAGACAAUCAACACCGAAGAAAAAUGAAAACAAUAUCGGUCAAGCAGUUACUUCCUCCAGAAGAAAAACACAGGAAAUCCACAGAGGCAAAGAAAGCCAUGAGGACAGGAAAAUGCAGGUCACUGAUCACCUCAUCCAAGAUCAGUCGCAAGAUGUACAUAACCAGGAAGCUGAAGGUGAAAUUAAUCAAGAAGAAACACAGGAAAUCCACACAGGCAAAGACAGCCAUGAGGACAGGACAAUGCAGGUCACUGAUCGCAGCACACAAGAUCAGUUGCAAGAUGAAAAUAACCAGGGAGCUGAAGGUGGAAUUAAUCAAGAAGAAACACAGGAAAUCCGCACAGGCGAAGUAAUCCAAGAUGACAGGACAAUGCAGGUCACCGAUCACCUCAUCCAAGAUCAGUUGCAAGAUGAACAUAACCAGGAAGCCGAAGGUGGAAUUACUCAAGAAGAAACACAGGAAAUCCGCACAGGCAAAGAAAGCCAUAAGGACAGGACAAUGGAGGUCACUGAUCACAUCAACCAAGAUCAGUCGCAAGAUGAAAAUAAACAGGAAGCUGAAGGUGGAAUUAAUCCAGAAGAAACACAGAAAAUCCACACAGGCAAAGACAGCCAUGAGGACAGGACAAUGCAGGUCACUGAUCGCAUCACUCAAGAUCAGUUGCAAGAUGAACAUAACCAGGGAGCUGAAGGUGGAAUUAAUCAAGAAGGACCACCAUCACCUGAAGAAAGUGAAAAUUGUCCUCUAAUACCAGUAAAGCAGAGGGUUGCUGUUAUUGAACGAAGACAAUCAACACCGAAGAAAAAUGAAAACAAUAUCGGUCAAGCAGUUACUUCCUCCAGAAGAAAAACACAGGAAAUCCGCACAGGCAAAGAAAGCCAUAAGGACAGGACAAUGGAGGUCACUGAUCACAUCAACCAAGAUCAGUCGCAAGAUGAAAAUAAACAGGAAGCUGAAGGUGGAAUUAAUCCAGAAGAGAGUCCAAAUCAUUCGUGAAGCAUCAAGUAUAAGGACACUUGCUGCGACAUUUCAGCCACAUCAAGAUAGUCUUCUGUAAAAUCAUGUUGAGCUCACGGAUGUGAAGAGACCUUAAACUGCACCAGAUGAGUCAUGCUAUCCUUCUGCUGCUACUGAAGAAACUUCAGAUGGAUCUUCAUUGGCAGAAGUUACUGGCCAUAUUGAAGAACUUAAUUUAUAAUUACCUGUUUUGUGUUAACACUCGUCUCUCUGGUAGAAAAUUUUGAUUGUUUGAUGUAAGUCACCACAGAUAUUCCAAGGAGGAUAAAUUGAUUGUCAGGAGCAAUGAUGAAGGAAACAGUGCCAAUCAAAUACUUUUGUCUAAUGGCAGGGUAAUCAGGUCAGUCACAUCCCUGGGCAGCGACAUUACAGUUACAGAGCAGAAUUUCACAGGAAUGAGAAAGGGGACAUAUCGUUCGCCCAACAACCCUCACCCCUCCACCAACAGAAUAAAUUUGAUCCUAAUCAGCCAUCACCUUUAGGUCAGUGGUACCCCAGUCCUCCAUCACCAGCACAAACCUCACUGCACCUAGCCCUGUGAGGUAAGAUUUGUACCUCUGUCCUUCAGUGGGAGGAGUUCCUGUCUAUGCGAGCUGCUGGCCAAUCUACAGGGGUUGUUGAAACAAUUCUGAGUUUCAAAGUGGAUUAUUUAAAGUUUAAUGUGUUCUAAAUAUUCUUUGUAUAGGACAGAACUAUAGACUGUAUGCGGCUCAGAAUUAGGCCAUUUCACCUAUCAUCUCUUCAGAUACUGAUUGCAUUCACCUUGACAAUCUUGGUUGACCUUGCUUCCACCCCAAGUCUCAGGCCAUGUAAUCCAGGUCCUAACAUUUAUUGCAGGAAAAUCUUUUCCAGUGUCGCCAUUCUUUUGCCAAAGGUUUGCUGUCAGAUUCAUGAUGCAGAGCAGAAAUUUCCCUCACAUGAAUGUAGGUUUUGGGAAAAGCAAUGCCAUUGGCCAGAAUCAUAGCCGGAGCAAUGUGGGUUCCAGUGAGACAUGUGGCAGAAUCGGACAAGAAAUCCAGUGAGACCCAGCUUAAUGGUGGGAACACUCCUUGUUGCCUUUUACACUUGUCACAAGAGAUGCGGUAUGUUUCUUACUGAGUGGUGCUGACAUGUCAAUUAAGAGGACAAUUGAUUGUUAAACAUCUUGUUGAUGACCCAACUUGUCUCAUUAAUAUUCCGAUUCCUGUCUUAACAAACUCAACAAACAAGCUAGACAUCAAGAAACCUUGACAUGGACAAGCAGCUCGCUACUUACUCCAAAUAACCUCCAUGUUACUUCCACCCGAACUGCAACUCAGUUCUUUACACACCUGUCACCACAGCCCUCAGCCAUGGACAUUGGCAUUUGGUAUGUGUCAAAUCCACAUGACCAUCUUUCAAUACAUUUGUAAACUGCUUAGGAAGCAUACGACUGACUCUCAUUGCAGGGACACACUGGCAUCAAGCAUUGAAAAGCUGCAAAAGGGACUGCAAAACUAUGUACCCAUGGCCAGGCACCCAAAUUAUAGAUUGAACCUGGUUGCAUCUCUGGACUGUUCACUUGCUGUAUUAGCACUCAUUCAGUCUCACCCACAUACUCAUGCUGUCCAUCCCUAGCAUUGCCUUGCUAUGCCACGCCUGUUAGUACAUUGACACUUCAACGUGAGCCAAAGGCUAUCAGUAUUGCUGUAUUAAAGUCUCUUGAAUGCAGACACACAGACAGAUUGCUUGUCAUGACCAGAUGGAGCCCAGCUUGCUUUCUAUUCUCUAGAUGUGAAAUGCUAUUAGAAAAUGGCUAGGUGGGCAGAGUAAUUAUCAGUUUGACAGAUGAAAGUGCUCACAUUCAGAUUUGUCCAAUUGUUUGCCUGGAUGUGAUAUUUCUCUACUGGACAGUGACAGGUUGUGGGUUUCCAGUGGGCAUUGAGAACAGGGUACUUAGAAUGUAACAAUGGAGUGUGGUGUGAUGAUUAAACAGUGAAAGAAUAGGGUGGCAUUUGCAAGGGAGUAUCAGCCUUACUGCUAUCUGCCAUGGGCAUUGUGCCUUUGUGGCUAUUGUGCCAUGAUAAUACCAGUGAAGAACAACACUGGAUUGCCAACAAUUGUUCAGGUGAACGAUGGUGCAGGUGCACGGGAUGGGUAAGGGUGUAAAUUCAUCGGUUGUCUUUGAGCAGAUAUCUACAGUGGCAAUUUGUUCUGGGAACGGCAUGUGGUAAGAUAGGGCAAUACCAGAUACUGCCAGACCUGUUGAGAUAUUGAGGUAGGUUUAGUAAGAUGCGGUGGGAAAUCUUGCUAGGUUUUGCAGCAAAAUCUUUCCGUGAACAUGACACAGCUAAAAACAUAUAAGACUUGUCCCAUUGUCGAUCUUCCCUGUCAUAAAAUCCAUUCCCUAGCCACUGAUCACAUCUCUUUCCCUGUCAACUGUCUGAGACUGACUCAUAUUUAAUUGUGAGAUGAGCAUCCAACCUCAUAUCACAUCUUCAUGAAGACUUUCUAUAUCUACCUCAAUAACGUCUUCUGACUAACCUGUAACUCAGUUGAUCUGCCACUGAAACUCUAUUCAAUGUCUUUAUUAUCUGCAGAUAUGCCUAUUAUUUGAAAGUCCUUGUCAACAUCCAAGACAUCGAACUCUGUUACCUGCACCAUAACAUGUUCCAAAUCCUUUUCACCCAUCUCCACCGUACUCACUAAAAUUCAGUCAGAGUCAUAGCAAUGUACAGCAGGGAAACAGACCCUUUGGUCCAACUCAUCCAUACUGACUAGAUAUCCCAAUCCAAUC